AUGAAUCUUUGUUUAACGUGUCAGCAAAACACGACGAAACUGCAGCGAGCUGCUAACCUCUCAGAUGAAGAAAAAUCAGAUUGUGUAAAAGCUGAACAGGAACAUUUGGACAUUGCACAAAGCAAGAGAGAAUGUUACAGGAACCCUGGUAAGGAAUGCGAGAGAUUUCUUCAAACAAUUGACACUAAUACUCUGCUGAUCUGUGAAACCCGACGGGCCUGUUCUUUAAAUGCAUCAAUACAUUACUCAUUUGACUUUGCACAACAGAUACAUGUACCAAGCAAUGAUUGAAUAACCAUGGACUGGGAGAACAUCAUGCGCAUCUUUAUGUGGACAAUUGCACCAGCCAAAACAAAAACAGCUUUUUCCUUUGGUACCUGACAUACAGAAUUUUGCUGAAACUUCACCGCUCAAUUACAUACUCUUUUCUAAUAGCAGGACACACAAAGUUUGGUCCUGAUCAAUCCCUUGGCUUGACUAAGAAAGUAUAUAAGGUGACUCAUGUCUCUUCAUCGUAUGAAUUUGCUAGAUUGGUUGAGACCUCUAGUAACAGUGGCUUAAACAGAGUACAGCUGGUUGGAACCUAUGAUGGUCGAAUCAUUGUUCCCGUACGUGAUUGGGCGUCAUUCCUUGGCCAGUAUUUUAGAAAGUUCCCGAACAUUAAGAAGUGUCAUCAUUUCCGGUUUUCUUAG